AUGGAUGAUACGGUGUUGGGUUCUUGUUUUGUUUUUUUCUCUUGGCUUGACUCUGACAAUGAGCCCGACGACUCUGACAAUGAGCCCGACGACUCUGACAAUGAGCCCGACGAAUUGGACAAUGAGCCCGACGAAUUGGACAAUGAGCCCGAUAACUUUGGCUUAGAGCCCGACGACUCUGACAAUGAGCCCGACGACUCUGACAAUGAGCCCGACGAAUUGGACAAUGAGCCCGACAACUUUGGCCUAGAGCCCGACGACUCUGACAAUGAGCCCGACAACUUUGGCAUAGAGCCCGACGACUUGGACAAUGAGCUUGACAACUUUGGCAUAGAGCCCGACGACUUGGACAAUGAGCCCGACAACUUUGGCAUAGAGCCCGACGACUUGGACAAUGAGCCCGACAACUUUGGCCUAGAGCCCGACGACUCUGGGAAUGAGCCCACCAGUAGGGAAAUUUAUGACUCGAGGGGUCCCCUCCAUCAGCGGAAAUGGAUGAGUGACGGAUGA